UUGCCACACUCGCACCCAAAAAGCCCCUCGUCGACUUCUCCCUACCGCAAAACAUCGACGAAAAUGGCGGCUCCAAACGGCCAUGUCGAUUUCGACGAAGAAAUCGAUUACAGCGAUAUUGAAGCAAAAUACCAAGUCAGCCUGGAGGAAGGCUUUGACAACAUUUUGGUCGUGGAUGGAAUCCCCGUCAUUGACAAGGGCAAGCUUGAGAAGCUUGUAGCGAAGAUUGCGAAGGAGUUCACGAGGAAAGGCGCUUCGAUCAAACCUGACGCCAUCUCUGUACCAUGGGAUGACGCUGCGAACAAAAGUCGCGGAUUUGCUUUCUUGGAAUUCCGCACGGCCGAUGAGGCAACAUUUGCUUUGAACGAGAUGCACGGCCACCCAUUUGACACCAAGCACACUUUCCGCGUCAACCGUUUCACGGACAUCGAAAAGUUCGCCAAUUUGGAUGAGACGUAUCAUGAGCCUCAACGCGAGUCUUAUAAAGCUAAGGAACAUCUUCGUGCUUGGCUGGCGGACCCACAAGGACGUGAUCAGUAUGUCACCUAUCGCGGCGAUGAGGUUGAGAUCCAUUGGCAUGGAAAGCCGUCUCAGAGCGAGGUCGCAUAUUCAAAGACGGCUUGGACAGAAUUGUAUGUCUCUUGGUCGCCCCUUGGAACUUACCUCGCCACCCUCCACCGUCAAGGUAUUCGUCUCUGGGGUGGUCCUUCAUGGGAGCCACUCCAGCGUUUCGCCCAUCCACUCGUCCGCCUCAUCGACUUCUCUCCCUGUGAACAAUACCUCGUAACCUGGUCGCAUGAUCCUAUCGUCGUAGCUGAGGGCGCCCCCCAGGGCCCUACAUAUUUCUCUCCAGAAGAUGAGGGAAACAACAUCGCCGUCUGGGACAUCAAGACCGGCAACCUCCUUCGUACCUUCCCCAGUUUGAUCCCCGAGAGCGACGGCCCCAAGAAGCAGAUGGCAUGGCCUGCGCUCAAGUGGAGUGCCGACGACAAGUUCGUCGCCAGGGUCACUCCAAGCCAGCAGAUCAGUGUGUAUGAAUUGCCGAGCAUGGGUUUGCAAGGUAAGAAGAGUUUGAAGAUUGAGGGUGUGGUGGACUUUGAGUGGUGUCCGCUUGGGGAGAAGGAUAAGGAGGACGUUGAGAAGGCGGCGGUUGGUGGGAAGGGCGCGAAGAAGGCCAAGGAGAACAUGUUGGCGUACUGGACACCAGAGGUCGCCAAUCAGCCCGCCCGCGUCACCGUGCUCAACUUCCCUGGUCGCAAUAUUCUUCGCCAAAAGAACUUGUUCAACGUCACCGAGUGUAAACUUUACUGGCAAAAUCAAGGCGACUUCCUUUGCGUCAGGGUUGAUCGUCACACUAAGACGAAGAAGUCCAUCUUCUGCAACUUGGAGAUCUUCCAGGUUCGCGAAAAGGAUUUCCCUGUCGAAGUUGUUGAGUUGAAGGACACCGUCACCGACUUCUCUUGGGAGCCGAAGGGCGACCGCUUUGCCAUCGUAUCGAGUAAUGACCCAAAUCUUGGCAAUCCUGGUCCUGGUAUCACCAUCAAGACAGAUGUGAGCUUCUACCAACUCGACCGUACCAAGAACGACUUCAAGCUCCUUCGAACUCUGCCGGGACGGACAACUAACACGAUCCGCUGGUCACCGCGUGGGCGCCACGUCGUUCUUGCGACCGUUGGAUCGUCAUCAAAGUCUGAGCUCGAAUUCUGGGAUCUGGAUUACAAUCAAGAUGAUACCGGUCGCAAGGAAGGUCCUUCGAAGGAGGAGUGGGGCGCCGGCAUCCAACAGCUAGGCAUCAAUGACCAUUACGGUGUAACCGACGUAGAAUGGGACCCCAGUGGUCGUUACCUCGCCACCGCUGCCAGUGCCUGGACACACACGCUUGAGAACGGAUACGCGAUCUGGGACUUCCGUGGUCAGGAAAUUGAGAAGCUUAUCCUUGACCGGUUCAAACAGUUCCUGUGGCGCCCUCGUCCCCCGUCACUACUUACGAAGGAGCAGAAGCGCUUGAUCCGCAAGAAUCUCCGCGAGUAUAGUCGACAGUUCGACGAGGAGGAUGCGGCUGAGGAGAGCACUGUCAGCGCGGAAUUGAUUGCGCAGAGGAAGCGUUUGGUGGAUGAAUGGAACGCAUGGCGCGUGCGUUGUUUGGAGGAGGUGGCGGAGGUACGACGUUCCAAGGGCAAGAAGGUGGAACCAACUGGGAAGCAACAGGAGAAAGAGGAGAGAGAAGAGAUCGAGGUAUGGAUUGAUGAGGUUAUCGAGCAGAUCGAGGAGGAGGUUGUUGAGUAGAGUGUAUCACCGUGUUUGUUUGUUUCUCGCUGCUGUAUUGUCCUCGGGGUCUUGUUUGUUUCAGGAUCCGAUUUAUUCCAUCCUUCUAGUACCUCAACUCUUCGUGCACGUUGUGUUUGAUGAAUGCUAGGUUUAUGUUCAU